CUGUGUCUGCGGACAGCGAUUUGUUUCGCCCAGAGGAAUAAAACGGAAUUUAGUACUUGAAUUUUAAAGGCUGUGAGAGAUAAAACGUGCAAACAGCAGAGGCGGCGGCGUUGCGACGAACUUCAAACGAAUCAAGCGGACUAAAAUCGGGCGACAAUGAACUCUUAAGGCUAAGCUCCUCUCAGUAUGUCAGACGAUCACACGGACUACAGAAUGAACUCUGGCGUGUCUGACGGCCAAGCGGUGCAGUACAACUCGGGACAGACCAUGGCGAGUGUGGAGGUUCCGGCCCAGGGCGGCUACGGCCUGCCUUCGGGGCAAGCAGAUGGCACCAGGACGGAGCUGAAGGAGAACGGCGUGCCGGUCCAGAUGGGCCCCGGAGACGGCAUCAUGACUGUGGAGCUCCCGAAAGUGGAAACGGCGAUGGAGUCACCAUCUGAAGAAGGAGCGGAAGAGCUUGUGUCUGAUGUCUCAGAAACGAAGAGCACGCCGUCGGCGGAGAGUGCGCCCCUGGAUGUAUUCCCUGUGUUUUGUGGAGGGAAGGGACCACCAUCAUGUCAAGCACCAGCCGUCCCAGAAGGAAGUGAAACGACUCCCCUGGAUGUUCAAGAAGCCAGCUCAGGCAAAGCCAAGCCUGAAGCUGUCAAAGAGGAGGCUGGAGCUGUGGAUAAAAAGCCAAAGACCCCCACUCCAUCUUCUGCUAAAGCUAGGCCCACCACCACCACCACCCCAAAACGACCCUCUUCAAUCUCAAGCAUCCACGUGAAAAAACCUGCCAGCCCAGCCUGCAUCACAUCUACGUCCAUCACUAGCACCAGAGUGACCACCACAUCUGUGGUCAAAGUCAGCAGCUCCACGGCGAGAAGCUCCAGGACACAGGUUGAUGAGCAGAAAGCAUCCAUGAAGAGUCCUGCCUCCAGGAUUCAAGGGGGUAGCCGCGUUCCUACAGCUGCAUCCAAAAUUCCAUCGAAAACCCCCUCAUCUGAAGCUCACAGGGCGUCUUCUUCAGCCUCUCCUGCUGAAUCACCCCGGACCCCUGACCGUAGUGGCUACAGCAGCCCCAGCACGCCAAAAUCUCCUUCUGGGCGAAGCUCUCAACAAACUUCUGGAGCAACCAAGGAAGUCAAGAAGGUAGCUGUAGUGCGAACCCCACCCAAAUCUCCAGCUUCUGUGAAGAACCGGACACCUGCACCAUUGGUUCCAAUGCCCGAUCUGAAAAAUAUCAGGUCCAAAAUUGGAUCGACUGAAAAUAUCAAGCAUCAGCCAGGAGGUGGAAGGGUCCAAAUAAUGAACAAGAAGAUGGACUUAAGUAAUGUUCAGUCUAGGUGUGGCUCCAAAGACAAUAUGAAGCAUGUCCCUGGAGGUGGCAAUGUUCAGAUUGUGAACAAAAAGCUGGAUUUGUCCAAUGUUACCUCCAAAUGUGGCUCCAAGGACAACAUUCAUCACAAGCCAGGUGGUGGCAACAUUGAAAUCAAAUCGGAAAAAAUGGAUUUCAAGGUGCAGUCCAAGAUUGGCUCUCUUGAAAACAUCGGACACGUUCCAGGAGGUGGAAACAAGAAGAUCGAGUCACACAAACUGGCCUUCCGUGAACAGGCCAAGGCCCGCACUGACCACGGAGCAGAGAUCGUCUACAAGUCCCCCACGGUGUCCACGGACGGCUCUCCCCGCCGCCUUAGCAACGUCUCCUCCACCGGCAGCAUCAACAUGAUGGAUUCUCCUCAGCUCGCCACGUUAGCCGACGAGGUCUCCGCUUCCCUGGCCAAACAAGGCUUGUGAUUUGCUUCCUCAGCCUGCAGUAGCCUUUUUGUUUUUUGUUUUGCCAUUUUCCUCAAGAAGAAAAAAAAAAAACACAAAAAACAACCCACCGACCGACCGACCCUCGUCCUGAUUUCCUUUCCUUUCCUUUCGAUCACCGCGGAUGGGUUUUUCAUUUCAUUUCAGACGAUCGCCUAGCCUGCUCGCUCUUCUCAGUUUGCAGAUCAUGAAAUCUCCGAAGGGUUCAGAAGGUCCAAGCUCGUCUCGCGCCUUGCGACCUCCGGCGCCUGUAAACCCCCGCCCGCUCGCCAGCCCUACGGUGGACAUGCGGCAACGCCACACAUUCCUUUACUCUAUAAGUUGCAUGAAGUUGACUGAAAAUGACGUAUUUAGCUAAAGCAUGUUUAGCAAAGACCCCCGCCUGACUGAAAACCACGUGGACCCCCCCAAAACCCAACCCAACCCAACCAUUGCGCUCUCCCGAUUCAUUUCGUUUAGAAAUUGCGACUUCCUGCAGAGAUGAGGAGGUCUCCAUCUCAGCCGGGAAAGAAGGCAGAAUGAAGUCGGGCUGCUCAUCUGGAAGGAAAGAAAGAAAAACAGAAAAGCGUCGUUGUGACCCCCCGAGAAAUAAAAAUAAAAUUUAAAUGCGAUCAAACGACUGAAGAGCACUGAAUCAUGGGUAGCGUGCAGGCCAGUAAAACCGUACGUCAUGACACGAUGAAGCGUGCAAACCAAUCACAAGCGACGUCUGCCCAACGCGCUAAAUCAGCCACGCCUCCUACCCCUCAUGGUCAUUCGUUAUACAAUCCUCGUGACAUUCAUACGAAGAAACACUACACAACAUAGUGGUCUUCAUGUGUUCCAGGUGGGCUUCCUACAUUUAAAUGGAGUCGUCCAUUGCUAGUGUCCAAAAAGAAAAAGAGUGUCGAGUAAAAAAGACGAAGCCAUCGAAAUAUCUAAAAGAGAGAUGAGCGCGACAGCCGGUGGCGCCGAGGCGCCUUGGAGUCCGCGCCACAGCACAGGACCAGGCGACGAUUACAGACCCCCCGCCCCCCAUCUUUUUAAAGUGUAACAUAAAUAAACUCGUAAAAGGCGCUCAAGUGCCAGGGCAGAGUCGUGCCAGCCAGUGGUCACCAAUGGCACACGUCACAUUCCAUAGGACUUUUGGUUUGCCGCCUCAUCCGAAAGUAAAUGAAUUUGUGGUGACGCUCAGCCGUUAAACCCACCAGAGUCAGCUUUGAUCGUAAAGCGGACACAAAGAAGGACCGCAGGAUGCAGCGGAGAGCUGAGCAACAAAAAGUGAAGACCACCAUUGAAUCCUCGCGCAUGUCGCGUCACCUCCAGUGUGUGACCGUGAAUAUCAGAACGGGCUGGCAGCACGAGUCGAGUUUUGAAAGUCACUAAAGUUCUGCUGCCCACCACACUGCUUGGUCGCUUAGCCAGCCAGCCUGCCCGCCUGUCUGGUGUUCUCAUUCUUAACACCGAAAUUCACUGCGAAUUUUGCAACUGCGUCUCCGUGUUGAGCUCAUUUUAACGUAACCGUUCUCGCUCCACUAGACUCCAUUUCCAUUUCUAACCUUCGGUACUUCAUUCCCGCCACCUCUUACUCUCCAUUUGCCAAAAACUGAAGACAAUGUGCUGAGACAAGACCUUGACUGUUGUUAACAUUUUUAAAUUUAACCACGAAACCCGUGCGGGAUUACAAUCUCAUUUAUAGCAGAGCCCCGCAACACAUUAAAACACGAAACAUAACCGAUUGAAAACUUUAGCACCGCCGAUUGCAAGUAACGUCCGCUGUCCACGAGAGUCGCUAAAAAUACGACAUUGGAGAGCGCGCAGGGGUGGGAGGGUCAAAGCGGCGGACUCGAGACUGAGACCGAGCAGAAGAGACUUCGACUUCAAUGUCUCGAAAGAUAAAAAUAAAAGGAAUUCUCGUCUCUCUUCUCUGCCGAAGCGACCACGAUGCAAACCGCUAAAUCGACGGCCGUUGAGGGGCUCGAGUGCCAGUGACAUCGUCUCAGUCAUGCGUGUGUAUUAAAGUGUAAAAAUAAAGGCGAUCGUCGAGAUCGGGCUCGGAAAACGGACGGCACCUGUAAACGUGCAUGUAAUCUGCAAAUUGGGUGACAAAUUAAGAAAACAAAGCAAAGCCCACACCCGACUUUACUCCAUUUUGCUGACAGACUUGCGUUCAGUACGUAUAAUUAAAAAGAAAAAAAAAGAAGCUUGUGUUUCGCGCACAUUUUCUACUAGUAUUCAGUGGAUGUGAAAUGUACCUGCCGAUCGAUAUAUUUAAAGAAAUCUUGUUAUGAUGGCUAUCAUUUUGCUGCUUUUUUGUAAAUAUUUUGCAAGGUAAUCACGUUGGAAGCUAAAGCCUUUAAUUGAUGACCCGUUAAAAAAAAAAAAAAAUUCGCUGCUGGGAUCCAAUCAAAUGUCGAGUAGGAAAAGCCGCCAAGACGACCGGAAAAGACUCCAGUGGGACCAGAGCAGGUGGACUGCACCCUCCCCUCCAAUCAGCUCUCAACUCUCUCUCUCUCUCUCUCUCUCUAAGUUUAAAACAGAGAGAGAGCGAGAGGGGCGUGGCCUUUGGCUUCUAAAGGCAAACUUCGACUCCAUUAACUCUUUUCGCACCAGAACCCCCCUCAAGAGCAGGUCGUGUGUGACUGGAAUGGAAUCGUCAUCCUGCUGUAGACGUGCCGGAAGAGGCCACUCCGCGCACUGCAUGGACGGUCGAUUCUGAGCGUAGAAGAACAUCCUCUGGCCGAGUUCUAAAACUCGAUAUUUAAAAUACAGACACCCCAUCCCAACCGCCACAGACAAAAGUAGAAAUGCCAAGUCAGUGGUCAGUGGAGGGGCUUCGUGGAUCCCAUAGGCCGCGGUGGCUGGUCCGGAAAGAGUUGAUCCGACGAGGCUUUUUUUUGUGACGUGAACUGUUUUUUUUUAAGCUUCACUUCUUAUGUGGAAGGUAAAAGAAUCCUGCAGUUUGUCUCCUGGAUUCCCAUUUUUACUUUCGCUGAAGUUUUUAUUGCAGCCCCCCAAUCCCCCAAUCCUAGCUAGGCAAUUGUGAGUGUCCAUUUCGUCACUGUGUGUUUUAUUAUGAUGACUGGUUUACACGGAUACUCAUUGCUGUAAACGUGAAUUUGGAAAUAAAGUCGGUAUUGAGAAAAA